AUGAGAGGGGCAAAGGCGGUAUUUCUGAUACUAUUUUUCGGUCAUCUGUCAGCUCUGCCAGACACAAUCCGAAUAGGUGGUCUAUUUCACCCAGAGGAUGAAAAGCAGGAGGUUGCCUUCCGAUACGCAGUAGAGCGCGUGAACGCAGACCGGGCAGUGCUUCCAAGAGCGAAGCUACUCGCACAAGUGGAGACGAUAUCACCACAAGAUAGCUUUCAUGCAUCAAAACGAGUGUGUCACCUUUUAAGAAGCGGUGUGGCAGCUAUUUUUGGUCCUCAGUCAGCACCGGCAGCAGCCCAUGUCCAAUCCAUCUGCGACACAAUGGAACUGCCCCAUUUAGAAACUAGAUGGGACUAUCGCACUCGACGAGAAUCCUGCCUUGUCAACCUUUAUCCACAUCCCGCUGCGCUCAGCAGAGCUUACGUGGAUUUAGUAAGAGCGUGGGGCUGGAAAUCAUUCACUAUAGUAUAUGAGAAUAGUGAUGGUCUAGUCCGCCUGCAAGAGCUUCUCAAAGCGCACGGACCUUCAGAACUGCCUGUUGCGGUGAGACAACUGCCAGAUUCCCAUGAUUAUAGACCGCUUUUGAAACAAAUAAAAAACUCAGCCGAAUCUCACAUCGUACUUGAUUGUACUACUGAAAGGAUUAGGGAUGUUCUUCAGCAAGCGCAACAAAUUGGAAUGAUGUCGGAUUAUCACAGUUAUCUUAUAACAUCUUUGGAUCUUCAUAGCGUAGACUUAGAAGAGUUCAAAUACGGCGGCACCAAUAUUACAGCAUUAAGAUUACUGGACCCUGAACGUGCUGAUGUACAGAGAGUCGUCCGGGAUUGGGUUUACGACGAAGCGAGAAAAGGACGUAAACUACAACUGGGGCACACCACUGCUAAAGAGAACAUGACCUUUAUAAAGACGGAAACAGCUUUGAUGUACGACGCAGUUCACUUGUUCGCUAAAGCGUUACACGAUCUGGAUACGUCGCAACAAAUCGACGUUAGGCCUCUAUCAUGUGAGGCAGAGGACACUUGGCCCCACGGUUACAGUCUCAUCAAUUACAUGAAAAUCGUUGAAAUGAAAGGCUUAACGGGGGUUAUAAAGUUCGACCAUCAAGGGUUCAGAAGCGAUUUUACCUUGGAUAUAAUUGAAUUAACAAGAGACGGACUACAAAAAGCUGGCACUUGGAACUCCUCCGAGGGCGUCAACUACACCAGGUCCUAUGGCGAGAAUCAAAAACAGAUCGUGGAAAUACUGCAAAACAAAACUCUGAUCGUAACAACCAUUUUGAGUGCACCCUAUUGUAUGAGAAGAGAGGCCAGCGAAAAGCUAACAGGCAACGCACAAUUCGAGGGAUACGCAAUCGAUCUCAUUCACGAGAUAUCUAAAAUUCUGGGCUUCAAUUAUACAUUCAAGCUGGCGCCUGACGGUCGAUACGGAUCCUACAACCGCGAGACUAAAGAGUGGGACGGAAUGAUAAGGGAAUUGUUGGAGCAACGAGCCGACCUCGCCAUCGCUGAUCUCACCAUUACAUACGACAGGGAGCAAGUGGUCGACUUUACAAUGCCGUUCAUGAAUCUUGGUAUCUCGGUUCUCUACCGCAAGCCUAUUAAGCAGCCCCCGAACUUAUUCUCCUUUCUAUCGCCUUUGUCACUCGACGUGUGGAUUUAUAUGGCCACCGCAUAUCUUGGUGUGUCAGUACUACUUUUCAUUCUGGCAAGGUUCACUCCAUACGAAUGGCAUCCAACGCACUCACCCGAAGGCGAAAAAAUGGAAAACAUAUUUUCUCUAGCAAACUGUUUGUGGUUUGCAAUCGGAUCUCUCAUGCAACAAAGCUGUGACUUUUUGCCCAAGUUCAGCCCGUACGAGUGGGACUGCCCCAGGAACUGUCUUGACGAGCCGCCGGUGCUGGAGAAUCAGUUCACUCUGUUGAACUCGCUGUGGUUCACUAUCGGAUCCUUGAUGCAGCAAGGUUCGGAUAUCGCGCCGAAAGCUGUAUCAACUCGUAUGGUAGCCGGUAUGUGGUGGUUUUUCACUUUGAUUAUGAUAUCAUCAUACACUGCUAACUUGGCGGCUUUCCUCACCGUGGAGCGAAUGGAUUCUCCCAUCGAGAGUGCUGAAGACCUUGCUAAACAGACUAAAAUUAAAUAUGGAGCAUUGAAGGGAGGAUCGACGGCUGCAUUUUUUAGGGACUCAAACUUUUCUACCUACCAGCGUAUGUGGUCAUUCAUGGAGUCAGCUAGACCUUCAGUUUUUUCAACAACCAACAAGGAAGGGGAAGAAAGAGUUGUCCGAGGAAAGGGGGCUUACGCAUACCUCAUGGAGUCAACUACGAUUGAAUAUGUAGUGGAGAGAAACUGCGACCUUACUCAAGUUGGAGGCAUGCUUGAUUCGAAAGGCUACGGGAUUGCCAUGCCGCCUAACUCUCCAUACCGAACAGCAAUAAGCGGAGCAGUUUUGAAACUGCAAGAGGAGGGAAAAUUGCACAUACUGAAAACAAAGUGGUGGAAAGAGAAGCGAGGAGGAGGUUCUUGUAGGGAUGAGACAUCAAAGUCAUCGUCGACGGCGAACGAGUUAGGACUAGCAAACGUGGGCGGCGUGUUCGUAGUACUAAUGGGAGGCAUGGGCGUUGCGUGCGUUAUCGCUGUAUGCGAAUUCGUCUGGAAAUCCCGCAAAGUUGCUGUCGAUGAACGGAAGGAAGAGGCAUCCUUGUGUUCGGAGAUGGCUUCGGAGCUACGGUCAGCGCUCAAGUGUCCGGGCGGGGGUGGGGUCGGCGCGGGUGGCGGUCCAGGCGGUGCUCGUGAUGGCGCCGGUUCCCCAUACCUGCACUACGGGUUCAGCACUAAAAGCCAGCUUCACUAG